AUGACGGGGGAGAGACCCUUAUUCUGGGCUGCGUACAGCCUUGGAAAGAAGAAGGGAUACCCUGGUGUUGCCAGGCUGUUGCUGGAGAGGGGAGCUCAGAUUGAAGCUGUCAGAAUUAACGGAGAUAACCCGUUACUAUGGGCCGUGAAGAACGGUAGUGAACAAUCUGCCCAGGUCCUUUUGGAGCAUGGCGCCAAUGUCAACCAUCAGGAUGAAAUCGGCAUUACACCGCUUAUGGCUGCUAUAUCCUUGGACGAAGAGGUUCCCAGUUUAGUGCAAUUACUGGUAAAGUAUAAGGCAGACCUGCACCCGCGUGAUAACUGCCAGCGUACUCCAUUGCACAUCGCUGUUCAGCGUGGAUAUGACCACUCUGCCAGGAUAUUGAUGGAUGCUGGCGCUGACAAGUCCAUGGUCGACGGUAAGGGUUUCACCCCUCAGGCAUAUGCUCGCAAAGGUCCAAAAAGCGUGGAUGUCGAGGUUGGUUGGCUUGCUUUGAUAGCGGCCAGGAGGCAUAUUAAUCGUACCUAUAAUUGA